AUGUGGGCUGCAACGGCGGCAACCCUCUUCUGUCUCCUGCACGCUGUAGUUGCUGCCCCGCAGGCCACCACUACGGGUGCAGACACCACCCUGCCUUCGAUCACGACCCAGACAGCGACAGCGUCGGCAGCCACCCCGUCUGCUCCCAUCCCGUCAGAGGAGCCCCUUCCUCCCGUCCAGGCAUGGUGCCCCAGCCAGAUCUUCUGUCCCGGAGCGAUACUGCAAUCCGUCGACCUCGCGGACGUCUACACCGACCCCAAGGUCAUCGUCGACAAGCCCACCUCUAAGCGUUCCCAGCAGGUGCUCUCCGACUUCAGCGCGAUCUAUGGCACAGGCUCCAAUGUCAUCACCGAAGAGGACAUCGUCAACUUUGAGGACAACGACUUCCGUGGGGAGGGGCUCGAGAUGGAGGCCAUUGCCCUCUCCAACUUCAACGCCAACCCAGCCUUCCUCAACAACGUCACCGAUAACCUCCUCAAGGCUUGGUCACAGACGGUCAGUGGAUAUUGGGUCGACCUCGUGCGCCAGACCAACUACUCCGCAACCUGCCCCUACGGCACUGAGAAUGGCCCCUGCGAGGGUACAUUCAUCCCGCUGAACCACACUUUCGUCAUUCCUGGCGGUCGUUUUCGUGAACAAUACUACUGGGAUUCCUACUGGAUCAUUCAGGGCUUGAUGGAAUCCGAGCUGUAUGAGAUUGCAAACUCGACCCUGCAGAACUUCAUGGACGAGAUCCAGACGUUCGGCUUCAUCCCAAAUGGUGGCCGUAUUUACUACCUGGAUCGUUCUCAGCCCCCACUGUUUGUGCGCAUGGUGUCCGACUACGUUACCACCACUGGCGACACCUCUGUCCUGGAGCGCGCCAUUCUCUCCGCCGAGACGGAGAUGCAGUGGUGGAUGAACAACAGGUCUGUGAGCGUGACAAGUCCGUACACGAACAAGACAUACACUGUGUUCCGCUAUGACGUCAACAACUCGGCGCCCCGCCCAGAGUCGUACAUUGAUGACUAUUCGACCGCCUUCGACCCGACCCUGCCAUCGUUGAGCGAAGACCAGCGUUCAUCCCUCUAUGCGAACCUCGCCAGUGGCGCAGAGAGCGGUUGGGACUUCUCGUCUCGUUAUGCUGCACAGCCAUUUGCCGGCGGAAGUAACAAUACCAACCCCAUUCUUCGCUCGUAUAACAUCCGGAACACUAUCCCAAUCGACCUGAACUCUAUUUUGUACAAGGCGCACAUGCUUUUGGCGGGCAUGUACAACUCAACAGGGAACACGACUGCGGCAGGGUCACAUCUCGCGACAGCUGCAUCGCUGCGUGAGGCUGUACUUGACCUCUUCUGGGACUCCCAAAAGCUCGCAUUCUACGAUUUCAACCUGACUUCAAACUCGCGCAAUACCCUGUUCAGCGCCGCAACGUAUUUCCCGCUCUGGAAUGACAUUGUCCCCGAUGAGCUGCUCGAGUCUUCAGAGAAUGCUUUCGGGUUCUUCUCCGCUGUGAACAUGGUGAUGAACCGGUACAACGGCUCCUUCCCGGUCACCUUCCUCCAGAGCGGUCUUCAAUGGGACGCGCCGAACGCGUGGCCACCGCAUCAGUACAUCAUUCUGCAAGCGCUGCGCGCGCUCCCGGAUAAUGUGACGAGCGGCGCACUGCCAACGCCCGCGUCGAACGCGUCGACUUAUUCGCUCAUCCCUGCCGGCCAGCUCAACGUUGCGGAAGCGGACCUCCCGGGGCAGCCGGUGAUCGGCACAGGCAGGAACGCGACCGCGACGGGCCCCGGCGCGGACGUGAGCCGGCUCAGCGGGACGGUCGUAAAUGGCGGGAAUGCGACGGCUGGUGAGGGCUGGGGACAUGCGCUCCAGCGCGAGGUCGCAAACAGAUACUUCUCGAGCGCGCUGUGCAGCUGGCAUGCUACGGGAGGCUCGAUCCCGGGUGUGCUGCCCAGGCUGUCGGACCAAGAGCUGAACGUGACGCAGAGCAUUAACAACACCGGUAACAUGUUCGAGAAGUUCAACAUCACCGACGUCGACUCGUCCGGUAGUGGAGGAGAGUACACUGUCCAGGCUGGUUUCGGAUGGACGAACGGCGUCGUCCUCUGGGUCGCCAGCACUUACGGUGACAUUCUGGUCGCGCCCGACUGCCCUGACCUCCUUGCGAUCGUCAACGGCACCUCGGCCAAGACGACGAGCGCUGCGGCAUCGGGACCCGCACAGGCCUCCGCGCGCGCGAUCGUGCUCGGGACAGCAGUCUCUGUUCUGGUCGCGGGUCUCCUAUUGUGA